UGUUUCCUCUCUCCGACAGGUUCAGGGAUAAAAUCUGCAGAUUUGAUAACAAAUAGAAGUUUCUUUCUUUACUAAUAAUUGUGUUUUUAUUGCUGUGGGUGCAGCUGUGAGCUGAGUGUGUGUGGAGCAGAUAAAGUGAGCUGCAGUCAGAGAUCUUAUCUUUAUGUGUUUAGUGUCAGGAGCACAUCUGCAGCAGGAAGGUUCCCAGGUAAUAAAAGAGAGAGAGAGAGAGAGUGUGUCUAUUGUUGCCUCAGAGUGUGGGAAAGCUAAUGUUGCCUGGGCCUCAUGGCUUUGUGAUGCUAAUGUGUUCCUAUAAAUAGAGGAGGGGGCUCACUGUGCUCUCCACAGAAGCUCCUCUCUGCUCCUCCAUGGCUCCCUGCUCGUCCACACACUCUGCACUCUCCCUGCACUCCUCCAAAGACAGACACAAAAUGAGGAAACCUGUGGUGGAGAAGAUGCGCAGAGAUCGCAUCAACAGCUGCAUCGAGCAGCUCAAGGUGCUGCUGGAGAAGGAGUUCCACAAACAAGAUCCCAACGCCAAGCUGGAGAAGGCCGACGUGCUGGAGAUGACCGUGGCGUUCCUGAAGCAGCAGCUGCAGCCUCAGAGCCCGCAGAGCCACGGCUACUCCCGCUGCUGGAAGGAGACGCUCGCCUUCCUGUCCAAAGACUCCCUGAAGGACGCCACGCUGCCUCACCUCGUCCACAGAGACGGCCGGGACAUCAGCUCCUCCCACGGACACAUCCAGGCUGCAGAGAAGCAGCUGACAGGCCCGCACGGCGCCGUGUGGAGGCCAUGGUAGAAGAAGAAGAAGAA